CAACGAUUUCGCUGACAAGAAUGUUAGUUCCUGCUCUUUGCUGGCCGUUUCCUGUAAUCGUACAGUGUUGUGAGACGGAGAAAGCCAUGUGUGUCGAUGCAAAGGAAAGGGACAUCAGCGAAUGAUCUUGCAGAUGGGCAGCCAUCCCAUCAUCUCACACACACACAGCUGAGAAGUAGGCGCUGAAAACAAGGAAGAGGAAAGGGGUGAGGAAGAGGUGGAGGAAGAGUGGGACUCUUCUUCCCUGAGCCUCUGUCUUUCACUUCAUUUUUCUCACCAUCUGUACCAUCACCCCAAAUUGAGAUUAGGGAAUAAAUAGACAAAGCCCAAGGCAAUUGUCUGCACAGGACUUUAAUCCCCUGUCUUUCUGACUGAGAGCGCGGCUGUUUUGUUCUCUAUUUUCUGUGGAUUUGGCAAGAUGGCAGACCCCAUUAUGGACCUCUUUGAUGACACACCGUUAUUUAACCUGGAUGCCCUGGCCGAUGAUGCCUUCACCCAGGGCUCCUCCGACCCAGUGGAGGAAGCUCUAAAGCUGGCUUUGGGGCAGGUAGACCCCUCCCCUGACCCCUCACCAGACCUCUCCAGCUCAGCUCUCAGCAUACCAGUGGCAGCUCCAAUCCUCCCAGACCCCGUCCCUGUUCAGCAGCCAGCUCCAGUCCCGGUCGCCCUCCCUCAGACUGUUUCCAUAGCUACAACAGUACCUCAGACAACACUCUCUGUAGCAAGCCACGCCAGUGGGGCUGCCACAGUCCUGCUAGGCUCACCUCUGACUGUCAGUAGCUCUUCUGGCGCCACGCAGCCCAUCGCCACGCAGCAGUUCACCACACAGCAACUCACACAGAUUGCACAGCAGCUUACUCCCCAGCAGCUAGCGGCAAUCACCCAGCAGGCCGGUGGGCAGGGAGGCGCCAAGAUUGUCAUCCUGAAAGGACCCGGUGGGCAAGCACAGGUGCUACAGACUGUUGCUGGGACGGGAUCUCAAAGCGGGAAGGUCACCUUUGCCAGGGUACUGUCUGGGACCCAACUCAGGCCCGGUAUGCAGAUACUGUCUGGGGGAACAGUCCUGAACCAAGCGUCUACUGGCCAGGGACAGGUAAAGGUGGGAACUGGGGUACAAAGGCUAGUUCAGUCAACCAACGGGCCCCUGAAGCAGGUGCAGCUUAUCUCCAUGCCCCAGGCCAAGACCCCAACCACGGCCCAGUCCCAGACGGUCCAGAUGCAGAUACCACAGGCCCAGCUUGCUCAAGCGCAAGCUCAGGUACAGUUCCAAACCCAAGGGCAGGCCACGCAGAUGCAGCAAAUCCAGCUGCAGCCCGCGACGCAGACGCAGGUUAGCGGCGCCGCGACAGUCCGACCACAAGGGGUUACCCUCACCACCGUACCACAGCAGGGUGAGGCUAAGAGGAUCACGUUGGUGCUGCAGCAGCCCCAGGGUGGUACGUCCCAGGGGGGGGCUGUGACGGUCGGCGGGUCGGGUCAGCUGCAGCAGGGCCAGCAGCAGAGGCUGGUGUUGGGGAACCUCCCGGGGAAGCUGGUCCUCCAGGGGGGUCAGCUGGCUGCUCUCACCCAGGCUAGGGCCGGUCAGACCGGUGCCCAGCCUAAAGUGCUUACCAUUCAGCUGCAGGUGCAACAGCAGCCCAACCAACAGGGAGGGCCGAAGUUUCAGCUUGUCUCUGGAGGGCAAUGUAGCAGCCCACAGGUGGUUCAGAUCUCCCAGGGUCAAGGUGGACAGAGAUUAGCUGUGCCCCUCAAACUGCUUCUGCAACCGCAGACAAGCUCCGCCUCCACAGCAGGCGGAGCGGUUUCCGUGGUGAAAGUCAUCAACACCUCUGCCAGCAGCUCCUCCCCUUCCACCACCACCACUACGGCGUUGUCAGGGAUUCGCAUAGCCAAGGCCCAGGAGCCCGUACGCCGCGUGGAGACCCUCUGCAAGCAGGAGAAGGCCAACCGCAUUGUGGCCGAGGCCAUUGCCCGUGCCAAAGCCCGGGGGGAGAGGAACAUUCCACGGGUCCUCAACCAGGACGAGCUGCCCGCCGGCCAGAAGGCCGUGGACCAAGGGACCCCUGCCGCAACCGCUGGCACGCCGGGAGCUAAAAAGAAGGGAGGAGGGGGGAGUAAGAAGAAAAGCCCAUCAGCACCAGGGGUCGGGGGGAAGGGCGGGGCUACUAUUGAAAAGAAGGGCAAGGCCAAGGCGGUCAGUGGGGUUGCUGGAGGGACACCUGGAGGCGCUGCUGGAACCGGUGGCAGCAAGAGCAAAAGCAAGGCUAAGAUCAAUACCAUUACUCUAGUGGGGGGUAAGAAAAGAAAGAGGAAUGCCUCCUCAGACCACUCUGAUGGGGAGCUGAGCCCCGCGUCUCCCUCUAAGGCCCUGGAGGAGGACAUGCUAGCGAAGAGGCGCUCCAACCGUCAGGUGAAGAGGAAGAAGUACACAGAGGAUCUGGACAUCAAAAUCACUGACGACGAGGACGAGCCGGACGAGGACGUGGACGUAACCACGACGUCAACGAUUGCGUCCGUUACCGGAGGAGCAGCAGGGCAGCUGAUGGGAGAGCAGCUUAAACAGGAGCUGGCCUUAGAUGGGGAUGGCCUUCCCAGCAUGCAGUUCUUUGUGGAGAACCCCAAUGAGGAAGACGCAGCGAUUGUGGACAAGGUUCUGUCCAUGAGGGUAACUAAGAAGGAGGUGUCUCCGGGACAUUACAUCAAUGCUGAGGAAUUCUUUGUUAAAUAUAAGAACUACUCCUACAUGCACUGUGAGUGGGCCACUCUAGAGCAGCUGGAGAGAGACAAGAGAAUCCAUCAGAAGCUGAAGAGAUUCAAGACCAAACACGCCCAGAUGAGACACCUCUUACAGGAGGAGGAGGAGCCCUUCAACCCUGAUUAUGUGGAGGUGGACCGGAUCCUGGAAGAAUCCAUCAGUGUGGACAAGGACAAUGGAGAGGUAAAAGAACCUGUGGUGUAUUACCUGGUGAAGUGGUGCUCUCUGCCCUAUGAAGACGCCACAUGGGAGCUAAAGGAGGACGUGGAUGAAGGCAAAGUGGAGGAGUUCCGAAAGAUCCAGAACCGGCAGCCUCGACUUAAGAGAACACCCCGCCCCCCGGCGGCAGCUUGGAAGAAGCUGGAGGAAUCCAGAGAGUACAAGAGUGGGAACGUCCUCCGAGAGUACCAGCUAGAGGGAGUGAACUGGCUGCUCUUCAACUGGUACAACAGGCAGAACUGCAUUCUGGCUGAUGAGAUGGGUCUAGGAAAGACCAUCCAGUCCAUCUCCCUGUUGUCUGAGGUGUUUAAUGCUGGGAUCCAAGGCCCCUUCCUGGUCAUCGCUCCCCUCUCUACCAUCACCAACUGGGAGAGGGAGUUUGUUACCUGGACCAACAUGAAUGCCAUCGUCUACCACGGCAGCCUGGCCAGUAGGCAGAUGAUCCAGCAGUAUGAGAUGUACUGCAAGGAUGACAAGGACCACUUGAUCCCUGGGGCAUAUAAGUUUGAUGCCCUCAUCACCACGUUUGAGAUGAUUCUGUCCGACUGCCCUGAGCUGAGGGAAAUCUCCUGGCGUUGUGUCAUCAUCGAUGAGGCUCACCGCCUCAAGAACCGUAACUGCAAGCUGCUGGACAGCCUGAAGAUGCUGGACCUGGAGCAUAAGGUACUUCUGACAGGCACCCCCCUCCAGAACACAGUGGAGGAGCUUUUCAGUCUCCUGCACUUCCUGGAGCCAGCCCAGUUCUCCUCAGAGUCUGAGUUUCUGCGUGACUUCGGAAACCUCAAAACCGAGGAGCAGGUCCAGAAGCUCCAGGCCAUUCUGAAGCCGAUGAUGCUGCGCCGUCUCAAAGAGGACGUGGAGAAGAACUUGGCCCCAAAACAGGAGACCAUCAUUGAGGUGGAGCUGACAGAUGUGCAGAAGAAAUACUACCGGGCCAUCCUAGAGAGGAACUUCAGUUUCCUCAGCAUGGGAGCCACAAGCAACAGCAAUGUCCCAAAUCUGCUGAACACCAUGAUGGAACUGCGCAAGUGUUGCAACCACCCCUACCUCAUCACAGGAGCAGAGGAGAAGAUCGUGGCUGAGCUGAGGGAGGUAUAUGACCCAAUGGCCCCAGACUUCCACCUGCAGGCCCUGGUCAGAUCUGCAGGCAAGCUGGUCCUGCUGGACAAACUGCUGCCUCGCCUUAAGGCCGGGGGACACAAGGUGCUCAUCUUCUCCCAGAUGGUGCGCUGCCUAGAUAUCCUGGAGGACUACCUCAUCAACAAGAGAUACCUGUACGAGCGUAUUGAUGGCAGAGUUAGAGGGAACCUGCGUCAGGCAGCUAUUGACCGCUUCAGCAAACCAGACUCGGACCGUUUUGUCUUCCUGCUGUGCACCCGAGCUGGAGGUCUGGGCAUCAACCUGACUGCUGCUGACACCUGUGUCAUCUUUGACUCUGACUGGAACCCUCAGAAUGACCUGCAGGCUCAGGCCCGGUGUCACCGUAUCGGCCAGUCUAAGGCGGUGAAGGUGUACCGUCUGAUCACCAGGAACUCCUAUGAGAGGGAGAUGUUAGACAAGGCCAGUCUCAAACUGGGUCUGGACCGAGCUGUACUGCAGAGCAUGAGCGGCAACAAGGAGAGCAGCGUCAACGGACAAAUACAGCAGUUCUCCAAAAAGGAGAUUGAGGACCUUCUGAGAAAAGGGGCGUAUGCUGCCAUUAUGGACGAGGAGGACGAGGGCUCGAAGUUCUGUGAAGAAGAUAUUGACCAGAUCCUGCAGAGAAGAGCCACUACAAUCACAAUCGAGAGCGAAGGCAAGGGCUCCACCUUCUCCAAGGCCAGCUUUGUCGCCACUGAGAACAGGACUGACAUUGCCCUGGAUGACCCGGAGUUCUGGCAGAAGUGGGCCAAGAGGGCAGACAUAGACUUUGAUUCUAUGAAUAGGAAGAACACAUUGGUGAUUGACACGCCCAGGGUGAGGAAGCAGACCCGUCAGUUCGCCACGUUGAGGGGAGAGGGCGGGGAGAUCUCUGACCCCGACAGCGAUGACGAGUACCCGCCCGCCAAUUCCCGACAGGCCCGGUCCUCAAGACGCUCCGAGCGCCACACUGGAAAUGGCUAUGGACGCACCGACUGCUUCCGCGUAGAGAAACACCUGCUCGUUUAUGGGUGGGGGCGCUGGAGGGACAUCCUGUCUCAUGCACGCUGUAAGCGGCGCCUAGGCGAGCGUGAUGUGGAGACCAUCUGCAGGGUCAUCCUGGUCUUCUGCCUGCUGCAUUACCGUGGUGACGAGAAUAUCAAGAGCUUCAUCUGGGAGCUCAUCACCCCCCCAGAGAAUGGCCGGGAACCACACACUCUUCUCAACCACUCUGGUCUGUCCAUCCCCGUUCCCCGGGGCAGAAAGGGCAAGAGGGUGAAGGCCCAGAGCUCCUUUGAUGUUCAGAAGGUGGAGUGGAUCCGCAAGUACAACCCCGACUCCCUGCUUCUGGACGACAGCUACCGCAAACACCUCAAGCACCAGUGCAAUAAGGUGCUGUUGAGAGUGCGUAUGCUAUACUACUUGAGACAGGAGGUGAUCGGAGAGCAUGCAGAUUCAGUGUUGAGAGGCGCUGAUGCUAGGGAUGUUGACAUCUGGAUGCCCGAGAUGGAGCAGCAGGAGGUGCCGUCUGGCUGGUGGGACGCAGAGGCCGACCGCUCACUCCUGGUUGGAGUCUUCAAGCAUGGGUAUGAGAUGUACACCACCAUGCGUGCUGACCCCUGUCUCUGUUUCCUGGAGCGAGCCGGCCGUCCUGAUGACCAGGCCAUAGAUGCGGAGCAGCACUCCGCCGAUGCCGAGCUGGGAGACGGGGGAGAUGAUGACAAGUAUUCUGAAGACCCGGAGUUCAAGCCCGCGUCGAGGCACACCAAGGAUCUUUACGAGGAAGCCGACUCCAUGAACAUGGAUGAAGAGAUCUGCGUGGAGGACAAGGCGGGUUCCGUCAAACCCAAGGGGCCGUCCGCCGGCCAGUCCGGAGCCUGCGAGUGGCCGACCAGCUCGUCGCUGACUGCUCGGCUCCGCCGCCUGAUCACCGCGUACCAGCGCAGCUACAGGAGGGAACAGCUGAAGGUGGAGGCUGCGGAGAAAGGUGACCGCCGGCGCAGGAGGUGUGAGCAGGCCAGUAAGCUGAAGGAGAUUGCGCGCCAGGAACGCCAACAGAGGUACCAACCGCUACCCCCACCCGUUAACCCUGCAAGCAUAUGUGUCCUGAAUCAGAGGUGGACCCGUAGAGAGGAGUGUGACUUCUACCGUGUGGUCUCCACGUUCGGCGUGGAGCGGAUAAAGAAAGAGGCCGACGCCCCGGACGGAGAGGAACCUGACCUGGAAUGGACCCGCUUCCGGACCUUCGCUCGUCUGGACAAGAAGACUGAUGAGAGCCUGAGCCGAUACUUCCGCUGCUUUAUGGCCAUGUGUCGGAGGGUGUGUCACCUUCGUCCUGCCUGUGGAGAAGACCCGUCAGAGCUAGGACAGUCUCUGGCCCCAAUCACUGAGGAGCGGGCCUCCCGGACCUUGUACCGCAUCAGUUUGCUCCGCCGUCUCCGUGAACGGGUCCUGCCCCACCCCUCCCUGGAGGAGCGCCUGCUUCUGGCCCCGCCCAGCUCGGAGCUACCCGCCUGGUGGAGCACUCCGGCCCACGACCGGGAACUCAUGCUGGGCGCCGCCCUCCACGGUGUCAGCCGCACCGAGCUCUCGGUCUUCUCCGACCCGCGGUUCUCCUUCAGCCAGGCCCGCAACGACUACCUGGAGAACCAGCAGAACCAGCCAGCCCCAGCAACUCCACUCCUCCCACCGCAAGCGGAGGAGGGCUGUGUCGUCAAAGAGGAGGAGGACAAGGAGCCCGGCAUCCUCGGAGACCCCACGGCUCUCGGCCACGCCGACGCCCAGACCACACCACUCUCUCGCCCUGAUGUGAAGGCCCGAGUCCGGUCCGGCUUGGGUUGGAAGAAGAACAGGGUGAGGGACCCGAGAGGUGAAGGGAGGAAAGGAGGAAGUGGAGGAGGAGGGAUGUCUGACUCCGAUUCGGACUCCGAUUCGGGCUCGUCGUCUUCCUCUCAGCGAUCGGGCAGCUCUGACGACAGUGGGGACAGCGACGCAGAGAGGGACCGAGCUGCUCUGAAAAUGGAGGAAGACGGCGAGAACAGCUUGCUCUCGAUGACUCCAUCUCAGGAUGGUGUGCCACCAGAGUCCCUCACUGACCCCUUCAGGGUGGACUGGCCCAAGGACCGUGUGUUGAUAAACCGGUUGGACAGCCUCUGUACACUGGUGCUGUCUGGGCAGUGGCCAACCGGGCGGCGAUACACCUCGGACGCCCAGCUCCACCCCUACUCUGAGGACGUAGGGGCGGGGGACGAGCUCAGCUUCACACGACUCAUGCGGAAAGGCAACAGUACGCCCAGCGGGGAGGCGGCAGACGGCGCGGAAUCGGAGUUCACCGUCAAACUCCUGAAGGAGGAGGGGCUGAAGCUGACCUUCUCGAAGCAUGCCUUGAUGUCCAAUGGUUCGGGGGGAGAGGGCAGCGGGCGGAGGAAGCGUAGGGACCAAGACUUGUCAGAUCCAGACGGAGGAGUCUCCGUGAUCAAUGCGAUGACGGGCGCCGUGCUUAGUGGGGAGCGCGCCCCUCGCCGCAGGGACUUGCCCAACUGGCUGAAGGAGAAUCCUGACUAUGAGGUGGAGGGAGACAUGCUGGAGCUCCUUGUGAACCGAAGCAAGAGGAAGAGGAGGAGGAAGAGGACAGAGAAGGCGGCAGCUCUAUCGGGUAGCGAGAAGGUCAAGAUCAUUGAUAUGAGGACUGGAAAGAAGGUUGGGGAAGCCUAUGGACCAACGCUCCCUGGUCUGAGGGUGUUUCUGGAAGAGAAUCCUGAUUAUGCAGUAGCACCGGAAUGGGCCGAGACUGUCCGAAGCUCUGGUGUUCUACCAGAUAGCCUCCUUCACCGGCUCCUCUCCACACACUCUGUAAUCCCCAAGAGAGGUCACCACCACCACCACCGCCACCACCACCAACUAGUUCCCCAGCCCACCCCGCUGGAGGACCCACUCCUGGGUGGAGGUGAAGAGACCCUGGUCUCAGACGGCGCCUACAUGAUGGAGGAUGAAGACUUGGAGGAUUCCUCUUUUCUGACUCAAGCUUUUGACGUUAAGAUGGAGGGUGGCGACAGCUUGUCACAAGGCGGUUAUGAGAGUUCUGAACGGGAAGCUCUUUUGGAUGAUGUUAUGGUGCAGAAGGACUCGGACUCUUCCUCCAGCUCAGAGGAUUGACCAAGCCGUCUUGUCUGAUAUAUAUUGUCCCCAACAAAUCAUGUUAUUUUUUCAUUUCAUGUUAAUCAUAAUGUCUUUUCUUUUUUUUUUUUUAUCAUGAUCUAUUUGAAAUUAAGGACGAAUUAGUUUUCUUUUUACUUAUUUGUUCAAUGUCAAUUUUUGGAACGGAGCAGGUUUGCACCCAACUCUUUCCAUUCAUGAUAUUCUCCCUCCCUCCAUACCCAUCGCCAUAGCACCCGCAACCCCAACAAAUGACUGUUUUCAACCCACCGCUUUCCUCCCUCAACAACCCACCCCAUAACCAGCCACAGCUUCAAAGGGGGAGCUAAGCUGUAGUAGAUGCCGUUUGAUCCAAGAACCUCCAAGCUGGUCCUCCAGUGUAACUUGACUAUAGGACACACUUGUACUGAGCAGUCUAGAACUUUGCUCCCACGAUGCCUGAGUCUGAUGUCAUAGGCCAUUUCUGAGCCCUGUUGAGUCAGUGAAAUAGAAGGGGUCCAAUGUGUGGAUGUAAAACUUAUUUUUUCUUUUUCUGCAAGGUAUGGUAACUGGGGGAGGGAGGACGGGGGUACAGGUAUAGUAGUUACUGAUCCAUUACUAGGAAAAUGGGUGUAUUGUACAAUGUAGAGCUGGUCAGUUGUGUGCUAUGGUGCAAAGAUGACCAUAAUGAGUUAUUAUCCUUGUUUUAUGACUUGACUGUAUCUGUGAUAUGAAUAACAGCGAUCUACAGCGAAG